AUGUCGUCUUCCGACAGCGGUACCGAGCGGUCCCCUCUACUCGCAGCGUCGACAAGCAGUAGGGACAGCAAGACGCUGGCCGAUUCAACCGACGGAGCACUCGAGUCUACGCCGCUGCUUUCGACGUCCAAUACGACACCACGCUAUAACGGAGAACGCGAUGAUCCAGACAGAGUGUCUUUGGCCUCUGCUGGGGCUUCUCAUUCUGGAGGCGCAGAAUCACCAGCCGGAUCAACAAAGAAGUCGACGCGAUGGCCCUCUAUUAUCGCUGCGUUAGUGCUGAUGGUACUUGCGGCUUCCAUCGCUAUCGGCGCCUUUUUUGUUCCAGCUGCGGUUGAGGAAUAUGCCAAGGAGGCUAUCGUCAUCGAGCCGACGAACUUGGCGCUCGAAUCCAUCACCACCGACGGUGUCCGCGCGCGCAUCCAAGCAAACUUUCGGCUUGACGCUACGCGUGUCAAAAAUGUCCAUGUUAGACGGGUCGGCCAGUUCACCACGUGGCUGGCCAAAGAGCUGGCGACAGAGGAGACGAGGGUCAAGGUCUAUUGGAUCGACCACGACAACAUGUUGCUCGGAACUGCUGCCCUCCCUCCCUUGACCAUUGCCAUCGCGAAUGGUCAUAAUACCGAGCUCGACAUCGUUGCCGAUCUGGCGCCUGGUGAUGCCGAUACUAUUCGGACCAUUGCAAACCAGUUCUUGGCCGGAAAGAUGGAUACAAUUCGUGUACGGGGAACGACGGAUAUCACUGUCAAGACAAGAUUCAACAUUCCCCUCGGAACACACGCUGUUUCGGAAACAAUGGAGUUUGAAGGCAAGGAAUUGCCCCCGAUCCCCUCCUACAACAUUACCGGUCUUAACUUUGAAGAGAGGCCCUUACCCGGCGGCGAUAAGGAAGGAAUGGCAGCCGACGUUACCAUCACCACCUUUAAUCCGUAUCCAGUUGCUUUUGACGUGCCUAGUCUCAAGUUCGAGGUCCUGGUUCCGGGAUGCAAGAAGCAUGGCCCGGCCAUUUCUGUCGCUACCGCCGUAACCGAUGUCAUUGCCCUUAGGCCGGAAGCCGAUGUCGCAGUCACCGCCCAUUCCAUUGUUGAGGAAUUGCCAGGACCCCUUACCCGCCCCUGCCCUGGUGGAACCAUGUCGCCGUUGGACAAACUCUUUGAAGCCUACCUCGCGGGUCAGCCUGCAUCCGUUCUUGUACGAGGUCAGAAAGAUCAAGGUGGAGAGGCCCCUGGCUGGAUUGGGGAUAUCAUCUCCAGUGUUACGGUCCCCGUACCUCUUCCGCAGCAAUCCUUUGACGACUUGAUUCGCAACUUCUCUUUGACGGACGUAUCAUUCUCCUUGCCAGACCCGUUGGCAGACCCCGAUGACCCCGAUUCAAACCCCAAAGUGUCGGGCACUAUCGUUGCCUUGGCAGCCCUCCCUUCUGAACUCAAUAUUGGAUUGAACGUCUCCCAUGUCCAAGCCAAGGCUGAUGUGUUUUAUCACUCCAGGAAGCUUGGAGAACUGGAAAUUGAUGAGAAGGCCAGCUCCAUUCAAAUCGAAGGCGGUCCCAGUGAAGAAAGCUUGAUUGAGAUCACAUCACGCGUUCACGAUACUCCACUCAAGGUCACCGACAACGAUGUUUUAACCGACGUUAUUCAGGCCCUCCUUUUCGGUGACGUCAAUGUCAUUCUCGACAUCAGUGCUCUUGUCGAUGUUGGCGUACAUACAAUCCUUGGACAGUUUGUGGUGAAGGGUGUCCCCGCGGAGGGCAGAAUUCCGCUCAAACCCCUUGGAAACGACCUUCUCAGCUCUAUGCAGCCUCAAGUUGGGAACCUGGAAGUUGUCGAUACUAGCCCUGUCUCAAUAUCUCUCCAGGCGUCGGUCAACGUGACCAACCCUACCCCGUACGCGGCCUACAUCCCUUGGAUUAGCAUACACAUUCUGAACAACGGAACCGUUCUCGGCGAGGCGCGCGCAAAGAAACUGACCAUCAAGCGUGGAAACAACACAAAUUUGAAAGUGACAGCUAUAUGGAGGCCUUCGUUGGGGGAUGGGGAUGGCGAAAAAAUAGGCCGGGAUCUGAUUUCACAGUACAUAUCCGGCUACAACACAACCGUUACGCUUAGGACACAUCCAGGUACUAUCCCAUCAAAGCCGGAGCUCGGCAUGGCUCUAUCAAAAUUCAAUUUCACGCUCCCAAUGCCUAGGCUUAACAUGCCUGGCGACAAUGAGGGCGGACGACACGAUGGAAACGGCAGCUCCAAUGACACGGCUCCUCACUUUAUUCGGGGCGCAACCUUUCACAUAUUUUCCUCCACAGCAAUAUUUACAUUGGCUUCGCCCUUUACACGAAACACCAUUUAUAUCGAGCAUAUCAAUGCUACGGCCUUGUACAACCACACCGAGGAAAUUGGACGUAUCAAGUACGAUUCCCCGUUUAGCUGCCCUCCAGGGGUGUCCACAACGCCUAGAUUGCCGGUGGACUGGUCUCUGGAUUCGGUUGGACGUGAUAAGCUGAAGGAGGCACUUAAUGGUAGGCUGAAGCUUGAUGCAAAGGCUAACGUCACAGUGAGAGUUGGGUCCUGGACAGAGACGCUGUGGUAUAUCGGAAGGGGGAUAGGGGCGAGUGUCCGCUUGUAA